AUGGUGUCCAAGCGACAGUGUCCCACAGGAACACCACCCUCACGGUGUCCCACGGACAGUGUCCCACAGGAACAGCCCCACACGGUGUCCCACGGACAUUGUCCCAUAGGAACAGCCCCUCAGGGGGUCCCACAGACAGUGUCCCACAGGAACAGCCCCACACGGUGUCCCACGGACAGUGUCCCACAGGAACAGCCCCUCAGGGAGUCCCACGGACAGUGUCCCACAGGAACAGUCCCUCAUGGUGUUCCCAUGGACAGUGUCCCACAGGAACAGCCCCACACGGUGUCCCACGGACAUUGUCCCAUAGGAACAGCCCCUCAGGGGGUCCCACGGACAGUGUCCCACAGGAACAGUCCCUCAUGGUGUUCCCAUGGACAGUGUCCCACAGGAACAGCCCCACACGGUGUCCCACGGACAUUGUCCCAUAGGAACAGCCCCUCAGGGGGUCCCACGGACAGUGUCCCACAGGAACAGCCCCUCAGUGGGUCCCACGGACAGUGUCCCACAGGAACAGUCCCUCAUGGUGUUCCCAUGGACAGUGUCCCACAGGAACAGCCCCUCAGGGAGUCCCACGGACAGUGUCCCACAGGAACAGUCCCUCAUGGUGUUCCCAUGGACAUUGUCCCACAGGAACAGCCCCUCAGGGGGUCCCACGGACAUUGUCCCACAGGAACAGCCCCUCACGGGGUCCCACGGACAGUGUCCCACAGGAACAGCCCCUCGCUGUGUCCCACGGACAGUGUCCAACAGGAACAGCCCCUCAGGGGGUCCCACGGACAGUGUCCCACAGGAACAGCCCCUCGCGGGGUCCCACGGACAGUGUCCCACAGGAACAGCCCCUCGCGGGGUCCCACGGACAGUGUCCCACAGGAACAGCCCCUCACGGGGUCCCACGGACAGUGUCCCACAGGAACAGUCCCUCACGGUGUCCCACGGACAGUGUCCCACAGGAACAGCCCCUCGCUGUGUCCCACGGACAGUGCUCCACAGGAACAGCCCCUCACGGAGUCCCACGGACAGUGCUCCACAGGAACAGCCCCUCACGGGGUCCCACAGACAGUGUCCCACAGGAACAGCCCCUCACGGUGUCCCACGGACAGUGUCCCACAGGAACAGUCCCUCAUGGUGUUCCCAUGGACAGUGUCCCACAGGAACAGCCCCACACGGUGUCCCACGGACAUUGUCCCAUAG